AUGAGCCUCCGGACCGCCGCGGAGACGCUCGCCCGCUCCGCGUCCGACGUCGUCAUCGUCUCGGCCCUGCGCACGCCCGUCUGCCGGGCCUACAAGGGCGGGUUGCGGGAUGCCUAUCCCGAGGAGCUGCUCGCCUCCGUGCUCGCCGCCACCCGCGCCGCCGUCCCCGACCUGCCGCCCGCCGCCGUCGAGGACGUCGCCGUCGGCGUCGUCCUCUCCGAGCUCGGCGGCUCCAAGGCCGCGCGCAUGGCUCUCAACCACGCGGGCUUCCCCCACACCACCACGCUGCACACCGUGAACCGCGCCUGCGCCUCCUCCCUGCAGGCCGUCGCCUCCGUGGCUGCCGAGAUCCGCACCGGCACAAUCUCCGUCGGCAUCGCCGCGGGCAUGGAGAGCAUGACGCGCAACUACGGCAGCCGCGCGGUGCCGCGCGACGACGACGGCAUCCGCGAGGGGGCGACGCUCGAGGCGCUGGCGCGGCUCAAGCCCGCGUUCGCGCCGGACGGCGCGUCGACGGCGGGCAACUCGAGCCAGGUGUCGGACGGCGCGGCCGCGACGCUGCUGAUGCGCCGCGGCACCGCGGAGGCGCUCGGCUUGGGCGGCAAGGUGCUGGGGCGGUACGUCGCGGGCGUGACGGUGGGCUGCGCGCCGGACGAGAUGGGUGUGGGCCCGGCGCUGGCGGUGCCCAAGCUGCUGGCGGCGACGGGGCUGGAGACGCGCGACGUGCACCGCUGGGAGCUCAACGAGGCGUUUGCGAGCCAGGCGCUACACUGCGUGCGCGCGCUCGGGCUGGAGGAGGCGUGGGCCGAGGGGCGGGUCAACCCGGACGGCGGCGCGAUCGCGCUCGGGCACCCACUUGGCGCGACCGGCGCACGCAUGGUGGCCACGCUGAUGCACGGCCUGAGGCGCGAGGCAAAGGGGGAUGUGGGUGUCGCGACUCUGUGUAUCGGUACGGGCAUGGGUCACGCGGCCUUAUUUGUGGCAGAGUAA